GCCAGCAAUUGUCGACCUUUAAAGCAUGAGCUACGAAACUCUUGACGAAGCCCUGGACGUCGCGCUGGGAUUCUCGCCCAGGUCGACGCCUGAGGGACGGCAGCUGGCCGUGAGCUACCUGUCACAGUACAAGACGCUUCCGUACGCACUGCAGUUUCUCCAAACCUCAACAAAUGAAAAGCAGCUUUGGUUUGCCACGUCGACGCUGGACGAGUUGGUCCGCUCUCGAUUAGACCUGGAUUGCUCUGCCUUGAUCGCACUGCUCUGGAACAUUGUGACGGAACCCACGAACAACUUGCCCAAGUAUAUCGUGGACAAACUGCGUCUGGUGCUUGUCUUCGCCGUGCUACGCCACAAUUCUCUUGCUGAAUUCUGCGCCAAAAUCCUCAGCGCUGUCGAGACGCUGCAGCCCGAUGGGACCGUUCGGCAAUAUGCGCUGGACGUGCUGAGCUGCCUGUGCGAAGAAAUGUCUGUGUCCCAGAACGAUUCUCAAGGUUUGUUUCUUGAGCGCACGAGCGAUCGGAUGGCCCAUCAGUCGCAAUUUGAGACGUAUUUCGCUCCAUUUUCUAGUGUGGUGGUCAAGUUGUUGGCCCAUUUCCAACAGCAGGUCGCGGCGCAGUCGCCUGCGUUUUCCGAAUUGGCUCUGGCCACGACCCUUCAAAUUGCCGGGUUUUUGUGCACAUUCAACAUCCGCGACGGCGGAGUCGUCAGGGAUAUCAUUAUGCUUGCCAUGGACUUUGCUGCCAACCACGUCCGCAUCGAUCAACCAUCGCGCACGGGUCUGAGGGUGUCGAGUAUUGCUGCAUGCGAUACUCUCUCGACAAUUGUGGCCAAGAAGUGGACGCGCGAAGUAACACUGGUCGUCGUGGACUGUGCUUUGGAAGGACUCUUGCGCUUCCUUGCACUUUUCUCGGAACCUGCAAUCAAGGCCGUGGACGACGAGUACCUGGACAAGCUGUCUGGGUUUGUCGAGGCCUAUUUGACGCAUCACCUGCGCCACUUGCACCAUGCUCGAUACAGCGCGUCGCUGUCGUCGCUGCUGGGAUUCGUUGUCGUCCUGACUACGCACCAGCCGCACGUGUCUGGCCUGUUUCAUUGCUUGACGGUGUGGGAAGUGUUUGUAACCCACGUGGAAGACGCCGAAGAGAAUGGAACGACGGACCGUGUCCUGCUGAGGUCGUACGAGGACGGCUUGAUUGGCGUCAUGCAGCAUUUGGUACAGCGCAUGUUGUUUGCAUCCAACCAGCCGCAGCUGGACGAGCUGGACGACGAGCCCGUCGCCCCCCGCACGGCCUCCAACGAGCCCGACGUGUUUGGGGACAACGAGCUCGAGAUCUCGACUGGAGCGUUGCAAGACCAAGGCCAGGAAUCGGCCGAGUUUUCCGACCUCAAGGCGUUCGUGUUUGAGUGCUUCUCCCUCGUUCGACGGAUCACUCGGUUGCCUGGGUGCGCACAACCGCUGCUCACUACGCUGCUCCCCGCAGUCAAGUCGUCGUGUAAACAAUUCAUGGAUAUUCACAACACGCAAAUCCCGGCCGACGGAACAAACGAGCGCCAUGCGGUUCAUGACUUGACUGUCGAGUGCGCUCUGCUAUCGUGUGUGUCGGCUCAACACGUGAGCAACAGCGACGUCCUGGCCGACAAAACGACCGGGUGGGACAUCUUGGUCAUGUUUGUCGAGUUGGCCGAGUACAUCACGACCCACCGUCUGCACUCCCGCGGGGCCGUCUUUGUGGAGCUCGAGUGCGAGAUCCUGUCGUGCGUGCGACUGUGCACGAGCUGCGUCCCGUUUGUGUUUCAAAGCGGGGGCGCCGAGCCCGUGAAAACCAUCGGCGAGUCCAUUCUACGAAUCGUAUUGACGACGCUCGAUACGUCGAUUGUGCCGUCGCCGCAGAACGUGAUGCAAUCGGCGCUCAACCUGCUCGCGUGCAUCGGGUCGGUCUUUCCCGUGUCGAUUCAAGCGGAGAUCCCGUCGUUGCGCCAACUGUACCUGGGAUUGCAGGAGUUUUGCCUGCACUUGAGCCAGUCGAUUCAGUGCAAAUUGUACACCGCUCUAUCCCACAUCAUCUUGAGCAGCGGCGACGGCACCGUCGUGUCGGACGCGUUCGCGUCGUUGCUGACGCCAGUGCUCACGUCGUUCGUCGAGUCGGUCGUCACGAUGCAGCAAAACGUCCACCGUGUGCUCGAGACGUCGCUGCUGACCCAACUCGUCCGGGACAUUUCGAUCUGCCGAUCCCUUGCGCGAGUCGUUCUCACCAAGCCAAAGCAAGUCAAGGUUGUGUUUUACGCCCACCUCGAGUCUGUUUUGCCGUACUCCCUCGAUGCCAUUCGCAUUUACAUGAACGCGCUGGCCCAGUGCAAAGCUAGCCAGCUCCAGGCGGUCGUGUCUGCCAUCAACGAGCUCAUUUGGCUCUACUCGGACUUGUUCCGGUCGAUUCGAAGGGAGCUCCCUAACGACACGGUCGGCCAAACUGUCACGACGUUGGUCGAGCUCUUCCAGCGUAAACACUUGACGUCCAGACUGGAAGCGUUGGGGGCCCCGGGCACGGCCGUGUUGUGUGCGUUCUUGAAGCUCCUGCGGAUUCUCGUGGAAGAAUACACACCGACGCUGGCGAGUUUGCUGCACAGGUUGAUCGAGUCUGUCCUUGCCGUGGUGCUUUUCAUCGUCGUGUUGUUGUAGCAUCUUGGACUUGUGUUUCAAUACGCUCCAUGAGGUUCGCGAUGCCGUCGACCGUGUGGACCUCAAGUCGUUGUCCCAGGUCAUCUUUGCGCACAACCACCACGACACGGUCGUUCCGUUUUUCAUUGCUCUGAUGGAAGAGAUCUUGGAGAAUCACUAUCGAUUCUUCAUCAUCACACAGACGACGUUUGAUGCAAGCGGUCGGCGGGAAAAAGUGUUUGCGAGCGAGAUCGCAGGAAAGUACUUCAUGACGAUCCUCCAGGCCAUUGGGACGAUUUUGCAGCAAGAAAACGUCCCACCGCCUCUGUGCAAACAAAUCGUAGUUGCCCUCGAGCGGAUUCAAGCGUCGCACGGCAUCUUUGGGUUUUCCGCCUUUCGCACGGAAGUUCGCAUGGCGUACCUGCACACAAUACUGACGCUGCUCACACGUGGCCGGGUGAGUUUGCUCCAAGAAGAGCUCGGACUGCUCCUGUUCCACAUUGCCGAAGUCGACAUGGCGUCGUUCUUUCAAGUGUGCCUACCCCAGUUUGUCGGAGACAAGUGCCUCGACGCAUUGCGGUGCUGGAGUGGACACAUGGACGAACCCACGUUUAUCAAAGAGCUCGGCCAGUUUCUGAACGACUUCAGGGUCCUGCAAGCCCGCCAGUAGACUAUGCUGUCUUGAAUAGACUGGAGUUCAUUCAUCGCUCGGUAACGUGUGUCAAGGAACGGCGCCUCCACGGACGGGAGGCGGCGGCCGCAUAUUGACA